AUGCUUCCACCACCUAUAGACACAAACAAUAGUGCCAAUGAACUCUUUGAAAGUGUCCAAGCAUUUGCAAAAUCACAAGGAUAUGCAUUGAAUACACAUGAUCCUUCAAAUGAUAUAUCAGGGUACUCAAUUGUCUGA